CCAAAAUGGCGCCCCCAAGGAUGGUUUAUGGCAAGCGCCCCAAAACCAACAACGCUUUCGCUACUUCCUCCAACUUCAACUGGUCCAGUCCCGGCAAAUCCCCCACCGAGAAACGCACAACGAACGGGAUCGAGGAUGUCACAAACGCAGUUGAUCGCCUGGAUAUAAAAUCAGAGGACAAUAAAAGCAAAACGGUGGAAAAGAAGCAGGACAGGGCGCUUCGCACCAUAGACGGCAAUGCGACACCCAAGCCAGCGCGGCGGAAGGCGAAGGAGCACAAGGAGAAUAUUUCCGAGGUCGAGAAUCACGAACCCGCGACGCCUGUUUUGAAAUCAAAGCCCGAGAAGAAAUCUCGAAGGGUUGAGGAGCACACAAAUUCGAAAAGCGAAAGCACACCGGAGCCAACACCAAGGCUCCGUCGGCAUCGCAGGAUGAAGGAGGCUUCGGCUGAGGUCAAGGAAGAAAUUCCCGACUCUCAGGAUGAAGAGGACAAUGCGACAUUGAAAGAAGAAUCCACAAAGCAUACGAACCUAGAGCCUACUCUGGAAACCCCCCCCCUUCUCCGCCUGUGCAAUGACCCGCACGGCCGUGUCGCUCCAACUCCCUUCUCUACCUGGUCCGCCUCUCUCGAGCCGUACUUCAAUAUUCUCAAGAUCGCCGAAGCCUCCUACGGCGAAGUCUACCGGCUCUCACUCAAGUCCCCCCACCCCAACUUCAGCACAUCUGAUGAAUCUGUCCUCAAGAUCAUCGCACUCCGCCCUCCUCCCGGCACCGUUCCACGGAAGAAGGGCAAGAAGACAAAGAAGCAGAAGGCACUAGAAGAGAAGAUCGAGGGCAUGAGCACGGUCGAGUCGGUGGAGAGCGAAGUCAAGCUUAUGCAGCGCAUGACGCACGUUCCAGGCUACACGAACUUCCGCGAGGUGCGCGUGCUGAAAGGCAUGCCGACGGAUCCGUUCGUAACGGCGUGGAGGGAUUGGAAUGAAGGUAGAGACGAGGAGAAACAGAGUAUCUUCCCGGAUCCGGGCGAGCAGGGCAGUUACGACGACGACCAGCUAUGGGCGGUCGUCGAAAUGCAAGACGCCGGCACGGAUUUGGAGGAUCUGAAGCUGGAGGACGUCGGCGGCGUGUUCGGCGUGUGGGAUAUUUUCUGGGGUGUUGCUCUCGCGCUCGGCAAGGGCGAAGAGGAGGCGCGCUUUGAGCACCGCGACCUCCACAUGGGCAACAUCUGCAUCAAACCCUCUUCCCCGACCCUCCCUCUCCUCGCGCCCGCCUCCCAUCUCACAACCCACACCCUCAACUUUACACACCUCGAAACCACCAUCAUCGACUACACGCUUUCGCGCGCCCAAAUGUGCGACCCAACGCACCCGCUCUUCCUCGACCCGCCCGAGUCACACAUUGCGUACCUAGACCUCGAAGCCGAUCCCGGCGUCUUCGACGGCGACGAAGAAGUAGAAUACCAGUACGCGAUGUAUCGGCACAUGCGCUCGGCGGUGUACUUGGACGACCCACUAGCGGACAUCUACGAGCGAUGGGACGAGGCGACGGAGACGGGGCGCACGUGGCAGGGCUUCCAUCCGCAGACGAAUCUGGUGUGGCUGCACUUCGUGCUGCAUGAGCUGGUGAAGGACUUGCCGUUCCCCCCUUCGUCUGCUUCGAGGAAGAAGAACGGCAGUCGCAGCAAGUCGAGGUCGCGUAAGGCUGCGGAUGCGGAAGCGGACCCGGAGGACGCUCUCCAGGCUAAGCGCACGCAGCUUGCCAAGAUCUUGAAGUAUAUUCACCAGAAGCUGCUUGAUCCUACCAAGCUGCCUGCUUCGGGUCUGCAUUCUACGAAGGACUUGAUCGCGCUGGCGCUGGAGGAGGGAUGGCUGAGUGAGGACGAUGUUGUUGCUUCUUCGGGAGCGGAGGAGGUGGAGGGGAGUUUGGUGGAACUGGUCAGUGCGUUGGAUAUUGGGGAGGAUAGGAGGAGGAGGAGAUAGAUAGAAGAGGGUGGGUAUGGCAUUGAUGGCGUUAAGGAUGGGUAUACCUACUUGGCGUUUUUAGAAGGGUUGAGAGCAGGGGCAUUGCAUAGGGCUGGGCUGCGGACUCCGCGGUAGUGAUGCCCAUGUAAACGCGAACCGGAAGG